AUGUCACAAGUGUCAAGGAUUGAGGAUCUACUACAUGAACUAAAUGAAUGCAGAAAAAAAACAUUAUUGAAGUCAUCCAAAGUUCCCAGAAUUUCGCGUACCUCUGACCCAGCAUCAUUGGCAACUGGAAUAACUGUGCUAGCCAUGUCUGAAGUACCAGACAAUGAACUUGAUACACUUCCUCCUGUUUUAUUCCACCCUGAAUACGGAAUUCUUUGUAUUAUAGGCAUCGGCGGAAAUGAACAGAAACAAGACUUUUUAAAGGCACAACUAACGCUUUUGGACUUUUUGGCAUAUUUUAUACCAAAGGCUGGGUUGUCAUUACAACCAUACUGGGACUCAAUUAAAAAAUGUUGUUUAAAACUGUCCUUUACAAAAUCAGCUCGUCUGCGAAAUGCAGCGAUUAAUGUGAUCUCAGCAUUGAUUAAUGCCAAAAAGAAUGGCUUGGAUAUUACUGUACUGGUCUGCAAAGAUCUUUACGAACAUUUCGCCAAAGAAUUUACACUUUCAGCUAGCCAUGUUCCUUUAUCGACAAAGGGAAAGGUCAUUAUAUUACUUGGAUCAAUAGGGAAAUUCUAUCCAGACGCACUUGAUGAAAGAAAAGCCCAUACAUAUUUAGGAUGGUGUAUUGAUGACUUGGAUAAAGAGCUAUUUAAAAAUGAAAUAUCAAACAAUCAAUAUAUCGCUGAUAUACUUGAAGGAUUAACUGCUUUUAUUUCGAGUCCAUUGUAUCCAUCAGUUUCUGAUUCCCUUGAUAGCGAGAAGCUGUACAAGGCAGUUCUAGCUUUGUUAAAUAUGCCCGAAGACUUAACUCGUUACGCUGCACCCAGGGCUGUGCUCGAGUUGAUUGCGAACCACAUGAAUAUCUUUGGCAAAUAUCUAGUCAAAGACAGUAAAUUGAUAUACAUGUAUCUUGCUACUCUGGGUAACAGUAAAAAUAAAGACAUAGCUAAAUCGGCUCACCUGGCUAUGGAGUCCUUUUUGGAGCAGGUCGCAGCAAGUCUGUCCAAAAGCGCAACAAAAUCAGAAGAGGGACAAGAAAUUCUCAAAUUUCUUCUUGAGAAGCUUUUUAACACUAUAGAUGCAAAGCAAACUGAAACAUGGUUCACUGGUUUAUCGAUGAUAAUUCGAAGUAUCGGAUACUUUGCGAAAGCAUGUACUAUAUAUACGAGUCCAAAAGAAGUCAAAGAAUUAUAUGAAACACUCAUCGAAAAAUCUGGGUGGUUCUAUUCAGAUGAGAAUAGAUACAAGGCGCGCCUUAUAAGAUACAUACCACCAUUUGUUCAAACAUUAUGUCAGUUCUGUCAUGCAAUGGAUGUCAUACCAGAUUCCAUUAUGGUAACAAUUACAAAGUUGAUGAAUUUGUAUAUUGUCAAUUAUACUCGCCAGUAUCAUGCUUAUCGAGCAUCCGGAAAAGAGGCUACACAGGAUCUUCUGUGGAUGCUUUAUGAAAAAGGAGAAGGAACAUUAAAGAGAUUCGCAGAAAAAUUCUUUUACAACGCAAUGAUGUGUACAUCGAGUAACAAGUACACUCUUCAGGAGUACAACGCAGCCUACCUUAUCUUUUAUGGAUUUUGGAGAGCUAUUCUUAACCAGGAGGGCAGAGAAGAUAAAUUCAGUCGUGUGGACAAGGCCAGCCGAAAGCAUUUUGCUGAUAUACUUUACGACGAAUUUUUAAAUACUUUUCUGAGAAUUGUAAAGACGUUCAACCUGGAAGUAAAAAAGAUCGAAAAUGGCGAUGAGAACAUCCAGGAAGCAGAAGAAGAGGGUCAAAUUAUUACUCCUACUUUGAACUCAUUGGUACCAGUAAACGAGGAAGAUUUUGUUCUUUUCCAAAAUUUAGUUGACUUCUGGUGUUAUCUGAUACCAUAUCUCAAUAACGAACGAAUGGCUAGCUGUAUUUAUAUUGUUGAAACAAAUUUAAUUGAACUCAGUGGAAAACACCCUUUAGUUAGUGGAAUAUAUAAGAUGAUUGCUACAGUGUUGAGUACGUCAGAAAAGCUUGGAAUAUUCAACGGAUAUAAGGAAGUAUACAUGAAAGAACAACAAGAACGAUCUGAUAUUGUCUUUAUGUCGACUGAAACUCAGACAUAUACAUACAGCGCCUUUGUAGACUUACGCAGAUAUUUGAAAGAAGUGUGGCACAGACUUCAACAAUACAAAGAUGAACUACUGGCCUCCUGUUUGAGAUUAGUUUUGGCAUGUCCACGAGAAUUUUUUGAAAUAUCUGAGCUCGUACCUCCAAUGCAGACAGCGUUACGACUUGGUUUAUCUUACAGCCCUUUGGCAACUACAGCUAUGGAUGCUUUUGAGAAAUUAUUUGAAUCAGGAACCGAGAUUUCAGAAGACUUGAUUCAUGUCUCCGCAUUACUCCCACUGAUGAACGAAUACCUUAUGCUGGACCUUCGAGCAAACAGUAAAAUCAAUUUCAAAGGAAGACGAUACAGACAUAUACGACCGGCAACUAUAAAAGCUCAGCAAAAGAGCCAGGAUCGCAUGUUACCUGAAUUUCACAAGCCGUGGGCUGAAUUCGAAGUCUUGCAAGAAACACAAUUACGAAUGAUGCGCUCCUUGGGUAGAUUAGGUGGUCUCAACAAGCUUAUGCUAACACCUCAAGGACCUGAAGAUAGUAUCCAAAGAGGUCAUAAGAGCCAUUCUGGUCUUAAUGAUCAAGAGGCCGUGAGAGACACAAGUAUCAGUCAACUGCUUGCAUGGGAUUCAAACAGAAACCUCAAACUUUGUAUACCUUUUCCAAAUGCCAAUAUUGAACUUACUUUAGAUGAGCUCUUGCCCAGAAUCUGCGAACUUGCCGAACUUUCUCCAGAUAGACAAACCAAGGUUGCCGCCUGUGAACUUCUGCACGGAAUUGUAUUGGUCAUGGUGGGAAGAAAUGCUUUUGAAAAAAGAAGCAGACAUCAAAAAGAGGAAUCACAGUAUCACAAGAUAUAUACACAGAUAUUCCCCGUUAUUCUUCGGCUUGCAAUAGACUCUGAUCAAAUCUCAAGAGCUAUGUUCAGAUCAUUGACUCCACAACUGAUUCACUGGCUGACAGACAACUCACAAAGUGAAAGUCCAGAAACAAUAACCCUCUUACAAGUAUGCAUAGAUGCAACCUGUAGUACAAAUGCUGGUCUUUGUGACUAUGGUGCAGACUGUCUGUAUGAAUUCGCCAAAUCAUCCUCUCAAAGAAGCGGAAAACACUCGAAAGAAGUACCUAUGAAUAUCAAGUCUUUACUUAACCGUUUGCACGCCUUGGCAUCUCAUCCAAGUGCAUCCAAAAGACUUGCCGCGGCUCUGAUAUUUAACCGAAUCUACCCACUUUUCCAAGAGGAAUAUGAUCUUGUGAAUGAAUAUACGCUAGAGCUUUUUGGAAGGUUUAUGCUUAGUUUGAGAUUAGCAGAAGAUGACCAUCCCUCAAUUGGUACUCAAGAGCAAACAAAAACGGCCAUUAGCAAUAUCAAAGAAACGUUAAGAAAACAUAUAUCUAUGUUUUUAAACGAAUCGCCGGUUAGAAGACCAUUUGUCACUUUAGAAAAAACGGACCUUGCAUAUGCUGUCGAAUGGAGCUUUAGAGAAUCAGCACAACCACAGAAAGAGUAUUCAAAUGCCUGCAUGGAAUUCUUUGACCAGUUUGUCACACUUGCCUCAAAUGUCAGUGCUAAGGAAUGGCUAGAAAAGCAACAAUCGAAAACAAACGCAUUUGUAACAGACAUCUAUGAGACUUCUCGCCUCAAAAAUUCAUCCAAUUCCAAGAGUAUGCGUGUGUCAUCGUAUAUACUAUGGAUAAGACAGUUGAAUUGUGCAAUGAAUGGAUACACUUGGUUGAUUGAAAGAGAAAUUCUGGACAGCAAAAAACUGUUUCAAGACGAAACUUCAGUACUUCUUUCGACUCUAAUUUUUUUUGUAGAAAAUCCACCACACAGAGUAAUUGAAAACUGGAAAACAGAAAAUUCAUCAAAUAGGUCCAAAGUCAAAGCACUGUAUGCAUAUGGAGUAUUCCGACUAUGUGCAUUUUUGCACUCGAUUGUCUACGUUGGAGGCCAUGAAUCAAUCUCAAUCUUAGAGAAGUCUGGACUUUUGCUAAGUAGUGGCAUGGCUAGAAUGAUUGCAGAGAUGCUUCUUUUACCUAAAAGAAUUAUUGAACCUUUGCAUACAGAACAAGGAGGAUUAUUGGCCCAUGUCAACUAUAAAAUUAUUCAAAACAUGCUCAAGAGUUUAUUGUACCAAAUGAAAGGAAAAGCCUCAAUAGAAUUUACACACUCUUUUGCAGCUGCAAUUGCAUCUGUCUUACAAUUAUCCGGCGUCGACUUAAAUGAUUUAGAGCUUGAUCAAGCUUCCCUCAGCGAUAUACAACAGAAGGUGGAAGGAAUCAAAAUUUUACAGCUAUCUGGCCUCCUUGAUAUCGUUUGUAAAGAGUUGCACAAGCGAGGAGCCAAUGUAGAUUCUGCUGCAGAUUACUGUUGUCAGCUUUUAGACAAAUUUAUCGAACUCUGUUCAACAGACGAGCCUACCUGGAUUGAUAUUUUAGGAAAUAUUCUUAAAAUUGCAUUUAAUCAAAAAGGACUUGCGACUUCACAGGGCUCUGCUCUUCUUGGUCUUACUGGCGUAUUGAGCCAAAAAACCCACACCGAGAAGCUAACGAUAUACCAGAAAUAUAGCGAUUAUAUUAACUACUGUAUUUCAUCAAACAUUAUCGAGUUCGCACCCAUCAUAAUCGCUCAAAUUAAGGACGAAUUUACAUGUGAUGUUGUCCUUGGGCUAUUUGAUUACUUGAAGACCUGUCAAAGCGAAUACUGGAAUAUAAUGAAAACUUUCCUACAAAAUCUGACUACAGGAACAACCUUUUUGAAAGACUUGUUUUAUGCAUGGAAAAAUACUGCACAUUUGAAAGACUUGGUUACAAUUUUUAAAAGAAUAUUUGAAGCAUACCCAAAGAUAAUGUCGACUGUAAAAGAUACACCUAUAUUCGACAUAUUCUGUGAUGCUCUUUAUAGCUUCUUAGAUAUUGACCAGCCAUUGUCAUUGAACUCCGAGGCAUUUGAUAUAUUGCCUAUGUAUCUUUGUUUGGAAAGUCCAAAGAUUAACAAGCAGAUUGAAGAGAAUGUGGCCGAAAUUUUAAAGCUACGUGCUGUUUCUUCAAAUGAUAUAAGCAUGAAAACGCAAGCAUUUUGCGAAUACAUGGACGCCCUGUACAAGCUACUCGAUGAUAUUUCAGUACACCAAACUCGAUCAUUAUUUAAGAUUGUCAUACCAAUUAUUAUCCAAGACAACUAUAUACAAUCCAAAAUUAUGAAACUAAAGGUCGAUAGUGCCACGCAUGAGAUGGCUUUACAAGACUUUGACGAUGCAACCCAAUUUUGCUUUAGUUAUUUCAAAGACCCAAAAUUAGAAGACAAUGCAAGAAAAAAUGCACUUGAUAUCACAAUAUCUAUGCUUUCCGUUGUACCCGAGGAUCAAAUACUCUCUUUUUAUAAAAAGAACAUCAUAUACAUUAUGGAGAAUAUCAUUAAAGAAGAUCCACAGAACGAAGAAGAACAAAAUGCUACCCAUACUAAUUGUUCUGUCGAUAAUGUUUAUGGUGCUACAAGCGAAGUUGCUAUCGAAUGGGAAAAAUAUCGAAACAAAAGUGCCGGAGGAAAAUUAAUGUCAAUUGACCUUGUUCGUGCAGCAAACCGUGUAAAACUUCAGAAGCAUGAAGAUUGUGCAGAAAACGACCUCGCAGCAAACAAGCACUUAUUUUAUCGCCAAACUGCUUACAACACCAUAGCUGCGGCUGUAAUGCGUACACAAACAGCAGAAAGUUUUUACGUAGGGUUUCUUUUUCAGGAUAAACCUAAUGAACCAUUGUGGACGAGUAUUAUACCUAUCAAUCAAAAGCUCUCAUUAACCGCACAGCUUCGCCAAUAUUUUAAGUCGAGACAGUUGAAAGGAUUCGAUGAUUCACCGGAUAUAACAUAUUCGAUAUCGUCCCUUUCAAAAAGCAGUCUAUCAACGGCUUCUUUUUCUGAAAUGUUCGGAAUAGUCCAAAAUUUCAAGCACGGCUAUUCUGGCUUAGAUAACUAUAUAGAGACAGACCUUAAUAAUGAGGAUACUCAGAAUCCUGAGAUUGGCGAUGUUUCUACACGACCUCUUGAAAUUGAAAUGGAUCAGUUUAAUUUGAAUCCUUGUAUGGAAUAUUUAGUCGAGCUCAUAUGGAUAUUACACACAAAAAUCACACCCCCUUCAAAAGACAACAAUGAUAUGCCUGCUUGGAUGGCUAAUAUGCAUACUGACUUUAACGCUCGCGGUAAUGUUCCUAUUAGCCCUGAACGUACACCUAUAGCGAUAAAACUAACCUUUGCAAAGAUCAUUAUGAACUGCCCCGAAGCCUUUGAAAAUUACGCUACACAUUGGAUACGUCCACUAAUUAAAUUGGUCACCGAAGGAGAAGAAUACGGAGAACCGAUGAAUUAUUUUGUUAGAGAUAUAUGUACCGUUAUUGUAUUCUGGAGAGAGAAGGCAAAGCUCACAGACUCUGUAGAAGAUAGAUACAUCUUGUUUGCCUUUUUGAGAUACUUAAUGCAGCACGUCUUUCAUGAAGAUUUAUAUAUCCGCAAUGAAAAUAUUCGAAUCGUUAAAGAGGUUUUCGACUGCUGGCACAGUAAAAUGAUCAUCCCAACGAGAGAGAUUUACAACCAAAUAUCUAAUCCCGAGAUAUCGAGCCCAAUCAUUCAAACUGGACUUAUACUUGCUCAGAUUGUUUUGUCUCACGGAAUUAAUCCCUUUUAUUCUGGUCCAGAAGUAGAUCUAGAAGGCCUUACUAAGAUCGCGUUUUUCUCCAAAUUGGUAGAUAUUAUUUCAAAUACAUAUGUUUGCAAUUACGGAGAUGCUGCAGAGGUUUCUGGACUUGCCCUCAAAUAUCUGAAAGAAAAAGAACCUCCUAUUGCCAGCUUUAUAAGAGAAAAACUUGUUGAGCAGCUCCAAAUAUCUCAGAAGAGUUAUGACAAGCUAGUCGUGUGCCUACAUCGAAUUAUUCCACACGACAAAGAUGUCUGUAGCCCAUUCAUUGAAAAAGUUGUGUGGAUACUACCUUUGAUCACUGGACCACGUUAUCCGCUUGCGUUAGAGAUACUGGCUACAUGUAGCGAUAUGGCCCACAAUGUGUUCCAAAGUCUUCAAUCGAAUGGUCUCUUGGAAAGGCUUCAAUUUAAGACUUACGCGGUUCAAAUCAAGACACUCCAGCUUUUGAAUGAAAUUGCUGAAAAUCUUAUUGGUGAAGAAGUAAAAUACGCAGUUGACCGUCUAACUCCAGUCAUUUUGGAAAAUGUCAACAUUGAUUGUAGAACUACAUACUACUCAUUCCUUAAACGAGUUUAUAGUACUACCGAACUCACCAUAGUGCUAAAAGCCCAUUGUAGAGCUCACCUUAUUCGAGGAUUAAUGGAUAGCGACAAAUCGAUACAGGAAGACAUUGUUUCUUUCCUACAGAAUCAGCACAAUAUGACAGCAGAUAUAUAUAAACGUCUUCAAAUUGUUUUAAGGUAUUUAUUAUUCUUUAUCUUGAAAGAUAUAAUUUACAAUUAUAAUAAUGCAUCAAAAGAGAGCGAUGAUUACUCCAAACCAGUUUUUGAUAAACCGCUUCCAGAUGCUCGAUUUAAUGACAAAUAUCAGAAAAUCAACACAUCAUGGCAAAAGAAUUUAUCAAUGGUACCCCUUUUCGUAAAGGUUCAAGACUUGCCAGAGGUGGAUAUUUCAAAAAUUGCUUCCGAUGUAAAAGAGACUCAAAGAGUACUUGCUUAUGGACCUAUAGAAUCAGAUGAAAUACCAACAUACUCCACUUUCACACAAUCGUUUAACCUGCCCGAAAAUAACCCAGAUGAUAUUAUUCUAAAUGAAAAUUAUGGCGAAGAUUUUCACACCACCGAAUUACUGAGUACUCCAAUGAAAAGAAGAGAGCUUAUGUACAAUCAAUUACAUCGGAUACUUCCAGAGAGUGCCACAUCAAAAAGUCCUGUGUUUCUUCGGCACAAACAAGAGAAGCUGCAUAUACGUCUUGAGAGAUAUCAAGCUUUUCAGAAAAAAGCAAGAGAGAGAAAACUUACAAUGUACAGAAAUUAUAGAAUUGGAGAGUUACCCGAUAUUCAGAUAAAAUACAUGGAGCUUAUUGACCCAUUGCAAGCCUUGGCACGAAAAGAUAACGAGAUUGCACGCUUAUUACAUACAAAUCUGGUCGUAUCUAUAUCCAACUACGCGGAUAAUAACAAAAGCAUAACAGGAUAUGUAUCAGAGAUUAUGAGCACAGUUCGUGAAAAUCUUGAAAAGAGUACCAUGUUUUUCUCACCGACUGUUGGAUCAUUCCUCAGAGUAUCUUUUGAACUGGACGCAAAUUGUAUCGACAGUUCUUUGAUCAAUCUGGUCAGUGAGAAAAGUUUUAACCAGCACAUUGGUAUUGCCCUGGUUGAAAAACAAGUCGAAAUAGAAGAAGUUUCUGAAAGAGAGAAGCAGAGAGAUAAAGUGCUGAGAUGUCUGCAUAUAGAAACAAAGAAACCUCGUACUGGUUAUGAAAACAAAUUGCGAGACACCAAAUUGAAAUGGAUCAACUUAGCAACCAUGUAUAAGUCAAUUGAUGAGCCAGAGUUUUUCCAGAGUAUCUAUAAAAUCAAUGUGGCCACUGAAAAAUUGCCCAAAGAGGCUAUCGAUUUUGAAGUUCGCGGAGAUUAUGAAACUGCUAUAAAAAAAUAUACAGAGUCGUUCAAUAAAUUGAAACAGAAUACAGAUACACGAGAGGUAUCCGUGUGGGCUCAAGAACAGCUUAAAUGUCAUGAAAAUCUUACUCAAUGGGAAGAAAUUGGCAAAAGUGUCAAAUCUGUAUUAAAAGAUGGAGAUUACAACUCUCUUUGGGAUUCUGAUAUUCAGGAUCCAUAUCUGCGAUACUUUGUAAGAACUUUUACAAAGAUACGUAAAGGAAUACAUGAUGAGGAUGGCCAAUUGGUUCCUUGGACUUCAAAUAACCCAAACCCGCUAUUUGAAUUCAUUUCUUCUGCAAUCCGAUCACCUAAAAAGUCGAAUUAUCUGAUUCACUCUCAUCCGUGUGAUAUAUCGCUUGCUUCAAUUUACAAGAGAGAUUACCAUAAGGCUAGACAAUAUAUUGCCAAUGCCUACACUACCUUGCUCUCUUUGUGGACAAGUCUUCAUCCUCUUGCUCACGUUACUAGGCUUUCCAAGCUCGCUGUACUUCACAGGACGGUCGAACUGGAAGAUUUUUUGAAUGUUAUGGCAGAUAAUCAAAAAAGUAAUGGUGACUUCGAAUCUCUUCAGAAAUACAUCAAUUCUCUCUCUGCAAGAUAUCCCGAUCAUAUUUUAGACCCUAUGGAUGCUUGGGAUGAUAUUAUUGAAGCAAGACUGGUUUUUAUAGACCAUUUAGAAAACUUGACGGAUUCAUCUGAGGACGGUUAUGAUAUUCGCCCAUAUUUUUUCAAGGGUAGAAAACAAUUUCUGAAGGAAAUGACUUCGGCAGCAAAACAACAAAACAACUUUAGCGUGGCAAUUAACCGUUUUCAAAGACUUGAGAAUCUUGGAAUGUCUCCUCUCGAGAAGGUUCAUUCAUCAAUGCAAAUUACUCUCCAGUUAGCCUCUUUCUCAAAUGACAUUACGACUCGCAUGGAGUUAAUUACAAACGCACUUGGAAAGAUUAUGAGACGACAGGAGCUUGAAGGAAGCAGCCAAGAGCACUAUGCAGAAUAUCUUAUUACUACGGCAAAAGCAUUUGAAAUGGCCCGAAUUGAGUUACAGACAGUACCAUCUGUGUACAGUGAGAUUCUAAAGAGCACCCAGGUUUCAAACAUUUUAGACAAGAGGAACUUCAAGGAUGCUAAAAUGGUGGCAAAUCAUUUCACAAAAUCAGGAUAUGCUGCUCUAAGAGAUGCAUAUAGUGUGUCUAUAGAGGGUUCAUCAAUGCAGUCUGAAUGCUAUUGGAAUCUUGGAGAAUAUUGCGACAAUGCUUUACGCUCCAACUUAAAUGGAACAACGAAGAUUUUGGCAAUUCAGUAUUCAAAAGUGGUCAUAGACAGUUAUUUUAAGGCUAUGGACCGGGGAAACAAACAUGCGAUUGAAAGAUUACCAAGACUUUUGGAGAUUAUUGAACUAUCCCCGGUGACAGGCGAAGACUUUAAACUUGCGGCCGAAUCGUUUGGGGCGACAUGGGUUUAUAUACGAUGGAUCCCACAGCUAGUCGCUCUUUUAGGUUCAUCUUUGGCUGAAUAUGUCUUUCCUGCCUUAGUAAAAAUGUCAAAGUCCUACCCAAAUGCGCUCUAUUAUCCAUUUCAGAUCAGCCGAGAACAGUUUGGGAUUAAAGACAAGCUGGUAUCUGAAAGCCAAGAAAGAAUCUUGGCCAUCAAAGAUAUCAUUUAUUCACCACUUAUCGAAGAAUUUACAACUGAGUUGCGUCGAUUGACAAAUCCAGAACAUAUCACCAAAGACUUUAUAGAUUUUGUUCGGGCGAUUUCUAAAGGCGAAGAUAUUAACCCAGAUAUCAUUGAAUCAGAAUUCAAGCAGUUCGAUGAGCUUGUACUUAAUCCUUCUAAUAAACGAAUGGGAAAAAUCUCAAAAGCCUUUGCUGUCAAGCAUGCUUCACAACUACGCGAGUUUAUGGGAAGCAAUGGAAAAAAAAUUGCAAAGAUGUCAGAAAAAGAAGCCGAGAAGAUGCGAGUUUACUUUAAUAACUAUAUUACCAACGAGAAAUUGCCUGGUUCUCCCAACUUGUUACAGUCUUAUUCUCCUUGGUUAUCUGAUUUCCAGAGUACUAAUUACGAAGAGGAUAUUGAAAUACCUGGACAAUAUACCGGAUUAGGAAUCCCUCACCCUGAACAUCAUGCCAAAGUUGCAAGUUUUGAAGAGAAUAUCAUGGUUCUACAGUCACUGAGAAAACCAAAGAAAAUUUGUAUUUACGGGUCUGACGAAAAAGAAUAUAAUUUUCUUGUAAAGGGUGGAGAGGAUCUUCGUCUUGACCAGAGAAUCCAGCAGCUCUUUACAGUGAUGAAUGAAAUGAUCAGAAAAAAUACGUUUUGUGCACGUCAAGAUAUUUCUGUCACUACAUACAAGGUUAUUCCUAUGGCAAGUAGCAUAGGAAUGAUUGAAUGGCUUGAUAAUACGAAAACACUUAAAUCAUGUAUCGAAGAACAACUGGGUGAUAAAAAGGCGCUUACAAAGGCAUACAACGAGUACCGCUCAUACGUCGCGAGUUUUAAGGGGAACUUAAUGGGAUAUCUCAAUCUGUUCAAGGCUCCAAGAAGUGAUGUGGUUGGACGAUUUCAACGGAUCCAAGCUUUGUUUGAAAAGGAUAUUUUAAAGAAAUAUCUUUUCAAAAUGGCAGCAUCUCCAGAAGCUUUCUUAUUCAUUAGAAAGGAUUUUGCUCACAGCUUCUCGGCCAUCUGUAUUGUUGGAUAUUUGUUAGUUAGGGUCUCAUUGGUUCUUAAAAUUUGUAGUGGUCGCCUCAUAUGUAUUGAUUUUGGCUACGCUUUUGGCGCUGCUUCCGAGCUACUCCCUGUACCUGAAAUCAUCCCAUUCAGACUCACAAAUCAACUUGUUGGAGUCCUUCAACCGUUGGGUGUUUCCGGGGUGCUUGAAGUGGCUAUGACUAAUAUUCUUCAAGCAAUUCAAAAAGACACCCAAAUACUUCUAAACACUAUGAACGUUUUUAUUAAGGAGCCACUCUUGGAUUGGAAAAGAGCUGCUAAAAAGCAGGCUGUGUCUCAGAAAAAUACUAGCAAGGCCACAGAUUCGGCUUCUUUGCCAUUAUCCAAUAAAGAUACAAGUGAAUGGUAUCCACAACAAAAGCUUGAGAACGCUAGGCGAAAACUUACUGGUGAAAACCCUACAACAAUUGUUUUAUCUGAAUUGGCGAUGGGACACAAAGAUAAAUAUUAUUACAGUGGUUUAGAGACUGUUGUUCGUGGAAGUCCGUUAUUAAAUAUGCGGGCAAAAACUGGAACUGUGUGCCAAAAUACAAAGGAGCAAGUGCAAUGCCUUUUGGAUCUUGCUACAGACCCUAACAUUCUUGGGAGAAUGUGGGUUGGGUGGGCAUCAUAUCUUUAG